AUGAAGAUGCAGUGGAAGUGGGGGAAGCUGUUUUUUCUCGACCACACGUGCAGCAGCAGCCUCGCUCUGCUGUGGAUGCUCGUCGGCUUGAACGUGGUGGACGUGACGGGAUCCCAGCAAGGAAUCCCCCUGUCAGUCGUAAAGCUCUGGGCCUCAGCAUUCGGUGGUGAAAUUAAAUCCAUCUCUGCCAAAUACUCUGGAUCCCAGUUACUGCAAAAGGAGCUGUGGGCCAUCACGGCGCCACGUCCGGGCACCAACUCCAGCUCUGAGACCAGUUCCUCAGGAAAAGGCGGCGGCAGACUGAACUCCAAAGGCUCUGCGGCGUGUCCCGGAGGUUGGGAGGAGGGCGGAACCCCGAGAGGAAACGCACGCAAAUACGGAGAGAGCAUUCAGACCGCGUUCAGGAAGCGACUCCAGGGUCAAAACCUGGGCCCUCCUUGUCCUGAGAAAUACAAAGAAUUGGAAAAAUCAGUCAGAGUGGAGGAAAUCGACGGAGUCAAACUGGUGAAAAAUCUGGCUGUGAGGAUGGAGGAGGUGUUCCGGAAAAAAGCAGAGGCAACCAGGCGGCUGGUGGAAGCAGCAGAAGAAGCGCACCAUCAGCACGAGGACAACCCCGACCUACAGUACGAGUACUUCAACGCCGUGCUGAUCAACGAAGUGGACGAGGAGGGCAACAACGUGGAGCUCGGCGCAGAGUUCCUCCUGGAGCCCAACGACCACUUCAACAACCUGUCCGUCAACCUGAGCCUCAGUGUGGUGCAGGUUCCCACCAACAUGUACAACAAAGAUCCUGACAUUGUGAACGGAGUGUACUGGUCCGAGGCUUUGAAUAAAGUGUUUGUAGAUAACUUUGAGAGAGACCCCACGCUCAUCUGGCAGUACUUUGGGAGCGCCAAAGGUUUCUUCAGGCAGUAUCCUGGAGUGAAGUGGCAUCCAGACGAACACGGUGUCAUCGGCUUUGACUGCAGAAAUAGGAAGUGGUACAUCCAGGCUGCGACGUCUCCGAAGGAUGUCGUUAUCUUAGUCGACGUGAGUGGAAGCAUGAAGGGACUGAGGCUGACCAUUGCUCGACAGACGGUUUCUUCUAUAUUAGACACACUGGGAGACGAUGACUUCUUUAACAUCAUUGCAUAUAACCAGGAGAUUCACUAUGUGGAACCUUGUUUGAAUGGUACACUGGUGCGAGCCGACAGAGCCAACAAAGACCAUUUCCGUGAACAUCUGGACAAGCUGUUUGCCAAAGGGAUUGGGCUUCUGGGUGACGCUCUGACUGAGGCAUUCACCAUCCUGAGUAAUUUUAAUCAGACCGGUCAUGGCAGCUUGUGCAGUCAGGCCAUCAUGCUUGUGACCGACGGGGCGACUGCAAUGUACGACGACGUUUUUGAGAGGCACAACUGGCCAGAAAGAAAGGUGCGGAUAUUCCCUUACCUGAUUGGACGAGAGUCUGCGUUUGCUGAUAACCUCAAAUGGAUGGCCUGUGCCAACAAAGGAUACUUCAGUCAGAUCUCCACCCUAGCGGACGUUCAGGAGAACGUGAUGCGGUAUCUUCACGUCAUGAGUCGACCGAAGGUUAUCGACCAUGAGCACGACACGGUGUGGACUGAGGCUUACGUGGACAGUGCUCUUUCCCAGGCUCAUAAAUUAAAUGACAAAGCAGGCCCGAGUCUGAUGACCACUGUAGCCAUGCCUGUGUUCAGCACAAAGAAUGAAACGAAGAACCAGGGUAUUCUGUUGGGGGUCGCGGGAACAGACAUCCCUCUGCAGGAGCUGACGAAACUUAUUCCCAAGCAUAUGUUAGGGAUCCACGGAUACGCGUUUGCCAUCACAAACAAUGGCUACAUCCUGACACACCCGGACCUCAGGCCUCUGUACCAGCAGGGUCAGAAGAGAAGGAAGCCCAACUACAGCAGCGUGGAUCUCUCUGAGGUGGAGUGGGAGGACAAAGACGACAUUCUACGUAACGCCAUGGUGAACAGGAGGACGGGGACUUUUUCGAUGGAGGUGAAGAAGACAGUCGACAGAGGGAGGCGUGUCCUGAUCAUGCACAAUGACUAUUACUACACGGACAUCAAAGGAACUCCAUUCAGCGUGGGAGUGGCUCUUUCCAGAGGCCAUGGAAAAUACUUCUUCAGAGGAAACGUAUCAGUGGAAGCAGGGCUCCGUGAUCUGGAACAGCCAGAUGUCGCGCUGGCAGAUGAAUGGACCUACUGCAACACGGAGGAGCAGCACGAGCAUCGUCACCUGACCCAGAUCCAAGCCAUCAAGCUCUUCAUGACGGGACGCAGACCGCACCUCAAAUGUGACAGAGAGCUGAUCAAGGAGGUUUUAUUUGACGCUGUGGUGACUGCACCACUAGAGGCCUACUGGACUGGACUGGCCCUCAACAAGUCAGAGAACUCAGACAAAGGAGUGGAGAUCGCCUUCCUGGGAACACGCACUGGCCUGUCAAGAACCAACUUGUUUGUGCCCGCCGAUCAGCUGUCCAAUCGAGAUUUCCUGACAGCUGAAGACAAGGAGGGUGUGUUUAAUGCCGAUCACUUCCCUCUGUGGUACAAGAGAGCAGCUGAGCAGGUCCCCGGCACAUUUAUCUACUCCAUCCCUUUCAGCACAGCUUUAGAAAAUAAGAGCGUAGUUUUGGCGAGCACAGCGAUUCAGCUCCUCGAUGACAGAAAGUCUCCAAUUGUUGCAGCUGUUGGGAUCCAGAUGAAGCUUGAGUACUUUCAGAGGAAGUUCUGGACUGCCUGCAGACAGUGUACAGCUCUAGAUGGAAAAUGCAGCAUUAGCUGUGAUAAUGAUGACAUCAACUGUUAUCUGAUUGAUAACAAUGGCUUCAUUCUCGUGUCAGAGGAGCAUGUUCAGACAGGGCUUUUCUUUGGAGAGGUGGAGGGUGUGGUCAUGAACAAACUUCUCCAAAUGGGUUCCUUUAAAAGGAUCACGCUGUACGACUACCAGGCUCUCUGCAAAGAGUACGCCGGGAGCAGCGACAGUGCACGCACUCUGUCAGAUCCUUUCACCGUGGUGAAGAUGCUCCUCACUGAACUCGUCAUUUUUCUGCUGGAGUUUAACCUGUACAGCUGGUGGAACGUGGACCUCUCAGUGAAAGCUCAGAGGUCUCGGGGCAAAACCAUGAUGGUCCCAUGUGACACGGAAUAUCCUGCUUUCGUCUCUGAGCGCACCAUCAAAGAAACAACAGGCAACAUCGACUGUGGCGGCUGCAUCAGGUCUUUUGUCAUACAGCAGAUUCCCAGCAGCAACCUCUUCAUGGUUGUGGUGGACAAUAAAUGUGACUGCAGCAGCGCGCCUCCGGUCACCAUGGACCCCAUCGAGAUCAUGUACAACGAGUCACUGAAAUGUGACAGACUGAAGUUUCAAAAGGACAGAAAGAAACCUGAGUCAUGUCAUCCUUUCCACCCUGAGGAAAAUGCCAUGGAGUGUGGUUCAGCGACGCGCCUCUGCAGUGGUCUGACGGCGCUUCUGCUCCCCGUGUUAGCAGUGGCCGUCAGCAGGUGACCAAAACCUGCAGGACUGGAUAUCACUGAGGACUCACUCCACUGUAGAAUUAUGCUUACAAACACAUCAAGAACACGGCUGAUCAGAAAAAUGAAUUUGCUCAUCGCUCUGCAACAGACAGCGUUCGAAAAACAACCAAGAUAGAAAUCUGUAGCGCCGAGACGCACGACGUCCAUUAAUGCAGAAAACAUUCACGCGAUGUGUUGCAGCAAAAAGAGAAUGAGAUUAAUGGUUAAGUGGUUGGUGACUUUUACAGUUGUCCUAAAAAGGGCACUGAAAUUGAAGAAGAGAAAGUAUUAUAUCUACUGUCAAUACAAAUGCAUAGGCACACAGAAAAUACGUCCUUUGUGCAAAGGAUGAUAUAAUAAGUCAUCAAAUAUGUUUUCUUUGUUGCAAAGGAAAAAAAGUUUUAAUAUAAAGAAUGUGAAUUGCACCUUUGUCGUGUGAAAAGAAGAUAGAGUGUUCUGGUGUUAAAUUGCUAAACG